UGUCAGUGCGCAUGCACACACACACCCCAUUCUGUCUCUUCCUAUAUUUCCACAUGGCGCUAUCUCCUCUGGGCAGCACAUCUACACACAUCACUGAGCGCCCAGUCGUGUAGCGCUGCUCCUUCACUAUUGAACCUCCAUUAAUGCGUCUUCAUCUUAUGGUCUCCGACUGUGGGGGAGAGGCAGCUCUUGUUUCGUUAAAGGAUGUUGCGGGAAUGACUUUGUUGUUGUGGACUGCUUGCCGGUCUACAACGAAGGGAACAUAAACAUGCAUUCCAGCUUUUACGUCCCUGACACUGCCCGCAGUCUCUCCAUGGAGGAGGACUGUGACGUGGACAUGGGUGAAGUGUUCACUGCGGGUCACUGGUGGAUGGUGGACUUGGGGAAUGGGGGCAGCAUUCGGGCCGAACGAGGCUGCAUGGUGAACAGUCGCAGCUGGGCCGAGGAGCUUCAGGAGUGUUACAGUGGAGGACAGAAGAGACUGUCCGUCAUCUCGGCCCAGAGGAAUGAGAGAGAGUCCAUCAGGCAGAAACUUGCCCUCGGCAGUUUCUAUGACGACGAACCAGUCAUCUUCACCAGCUGCAGCAAAAACGAUUCGUCCUCUCGCUUGCAAAACCUGCAGGUGUGUUUUGUCAACGACAGCAGCAGCGACAAAGACAGUGAUGCGGAGGACAGCAGGACCGAAACCAGUCUGGAUACACCCUUGUCACCUGUGAGCAAGCAGAGCUCGUCGUUAUCGGAUCGGGACACGGCGGAGGAGGACUCGGAUCCGUUAGAUGACUGCGGCGGGUUCUGGCGGGUGCAGCGAAAGCUCCAGGAGGAGGCCCGGGUGGCGCUGGCUCUGGCGAGGCCCAUGGCCAGGAUGCAGGUGGAGGUGGAAAGACAAAUCCAGCUGCACAGACGCUCACCAGUGGCAGAUUUGCUUCCCCACAUGCCUCACAUCAACGAAGGCCUGAUGAAGAGGAAUCUGAGACGAGGAGACAUGAGGGAGAUGAGUCUUGGGCAGCUCCAAGUCAUCACAAAUGACUUGCACUCGCAGAUCCAGAGUCUAAAUGAGGAGUUGGUGCAGCUUCUGCUGAUGAGGGACGAGCAGCAUGUCGAGCAGGAUGCCAUGCUGGUGGACAUCGAGGACCUCACCAGACAUGCUCACAGCCACCAGCGGCACCAGCUGGAGAAAGCCAACGCAAAAUAAAUUCCUCCUGAGUGUCCAUUUGCACGCCAUAGUACUCACUCCAUCGAUUGUUCCUUGUGUUGCCACGGAGACUCCAUCCGUGCUGUCUCUGGAGGAGAGAAGAGAGCAUAUAGUUAAAUGUUGCACCACCGGAUGUUGUCCAAGCACACAGAAAUGAAGCCCAAGGAUGGGCAGCUUUUCACUCCCAGCGGAUUAAUGAUCAUUAUUCAUCAGUGAGCUGCUGGAUUUAUUUCAUAGAAUUAAGGGAAUCUUCUUGACAUAAUUCCAUCCAGAGACCAAUGUAUUAUUCCAUUAGUUUUUAAAAGUACAUUUCAGCACAUAAUGAUAGUUUGGAAGGGAUCACUUGCACAGAAAUUCAAUGUUGCAAUAACAAAUGACGUCUGUAUACAUGCUGAUUCGCAGCUUUGCUUCAAUGUGACGCUCAGAUGCUGCAAGCAUUGCUGAGAAUUAUUAAUACACAAAACUGGAUGUAAAAAAAAUUGCUGCUAGUGCACAUUUUCUGUGAUAUUCUUCCCCCCCCCCUCCCCCCAAUACAAGUAAAACACAUGCAGGUUACAAAUGUUGUAUUGGGUUAAAAGGGAGUUGAAAGAGUAAAAACGGAUGAUGUACUGCCUCAAAAAGAAACAUGCACUGUGGUUUUUGUGAGGCUCGUUUUGUUAAAUGAAAAGUAUUCAUCAACUCUGCACUCAACAAAUAUAUACCUAUUUUAUGUGAUGAGUACAUUUAUGGACAUGAUGGAUGUCAAAGAGAGAAUUAGGAAGCCAACAUUGUUGGUCACUCAUAGUGUGUCCUUUUAACAUAUUGUCAGCUUUCUUUUUCUAUUGUGUACUGUAUAAUGAUUGUAAAGAAAUUAAACAUUUUCAAUGUGGU